AUGGUAAAGGUAAAACUUGCAUGGGUAGAGAAUAACAAAGCAAGAGCCAUAUUUUUUAGGAGAAGAAGCGAAGGAGUACUAAAAAAAGUAAAAGAGCUAACCAUAUUGUGUGAUAUAUUGGCUUGUCUCAUCAUUUUCAGCCCUAAUGACGCUGAGCCAAUGGUGUGGCCAUCUGUUGAGACGGCUCGUGGCCUCUUAGACAAUUUCUUCAGCUUACCCAAAGAUAGAAUCAUACUUGGUAGGGAAAUGCUAGGUUCCAUGCAGUUUUCUCCUCUUCGUGAUCCACCGGUGCUUCCAUUUGAGGUGCAAGUCGAACAGUUAGCUGAGAAGAGAGAUGAAGCAACAGUUCUUAUUGAGUUGGCCAACAAUGAUGUUCGCCAAGAGCCACCUCCUAAUGAAACAUUUGCUAGAGAAGAUCAUGUUGAUCUGUCGUUGCUUGGUAUAGAUAAAGAUUGGUUGAAACUGAAUAAUUAUCAUUUCUAG